AUGGCGGAAGCUGAGGAGCAGGAAGCCAUGUCCCUUGAAGAGUCUACUGACGAGUCUGAGGAAGAAGAGAGUGAAGAGGAACCCAAACUGAAGUAUGAAAGGCUUUCCAAUGGCAUAACUGAAAUUCUUCAGAAGGAUGCAGCCAGCUGCAUGACAGUGCAUGACAAGUUUUUGGCAUUGGGCACACAUUAUGGCAAGGUUUACUUACUUGAUGUCCAGGGGAAUAUCACUCAGAAGUUUGAUGUAAGUUCUGUGAAGAUAAAUCAGAUCAGCCUUGAUGAAAGUGGAGAACACAUGGGCGUGUGUUCGGAGGAUGGCAAGGUCCAAGUAUUUGGACUAUAUACUUUGGAAGAAUUUCAUGAGACUUUUGACUGUCCCAUUAAAAUCAUUGCUAUGCACCCACAGUUUGUGAAAUACAGUUGUAAGCAGUUUGUGACUGGAGGGAAGAAGUUGCUGCUGUUUGAACGGUCUUGGAUGAACAGAUGGAAGUCUUCUGUUCUGCAUGAAGGGGAAGGAAACAUACGAAGCAUGAAGUGGCGAGGCCACUUGAUUGCCUGGGCCAACAACAUGGGUGUGAAGAUUUUUGACAUCACCUCAAAGCAGAGAAUCACCAAUGUGCCCCGAGAUGAUAUAAGUCUUCGCCCAGAUAUGUACCCCUGCAGCCUCUGCUGGAAGGACGACGUGACACUGAUUAUCAGCUGGGGGGCUUCUAUCAAGAUAUGCUCAGUGAAGGAACGGCAUGCCAAUGAAAUGAGAGACUUACCGAGUCGCUAUGUUGAAAUAGUGUCUCAGUUUGAAACUGAAUUCUACAUCAGCGGACUUGCACCUCUCUGUGAUCAGCUUGUUGUGCUUUCCUACGUAAAGGAGGUUUCAGAAAAAACGGAAAGAGAAUACUGUGCCAGACCUAGAUUGGAUAUUAUCCAGCCUCUUCCUGAGACUUGUGAAGAGAUCUCUUCUGAUGCUCUAACUGUCAGAGGUUUUCAGGAGAAUGAAUGUAGAGAUUAUCAUUUAGAUGGCCUUGACCUUGAUGGGGAGGAAACAUUUAUCGCCAAAUGUGAGGAGGCUUUGAUGGCAGCUGAAAUCAGCCAAAAGAACAUUAAAAAACAUAAGAUUCUGGAUAUUGGUUUGGCAUACAUAAAUCACCUGAUGGAGAAAGGAGAGUAUGACGUAGCAGCACGAAAAUGCCAGAAAAUUCUUGGGAAAAAUGCAGCACUCUGGGAAUAUGAAGUUUAUAAAUUUAAAGAAAUCAAACAGCUCAAGGCCAUUAGUCCCUAUUUGCCGCGAGGGGAUCCAGUUCUAAAACCACUCAUCUAUGAAAUGAUCUUACAUGAAUUCCUGGAAAGUGAUUAUGAGGGUUUUGCCAAAUUAAUCCAAGAGUGGCCUGGAGACCUGUACAACAAUUCAGUCAUAGUUCAAGCUGUUCGGGAUCACCUAAAGAAAGAUAGUCAAAACAGGACCUUACUUAAAACCCUUGCGGAACUAUACACCUAUGACACCAAUUAUGGCAGUGCUCUGGAGAUAUACUUAACGUUAAGACAUAAAGAUGUUUUCCAGUUAAUUCAUAAACAUAAUCUCUUCAGUUCUAUCAAGGAUAAAAUUGUUUUAUUAAUGGAUUUUGAUUCAGAGAAAGCUGUUGACAUGCUUUUGGACAAUGAAGAUAAAAUUUCAAUUAAAAAGGUUGUGGAAGAAUUAGAAGACAGGCCGGAGCUUCAGCAUGUGUAUUUGCAUAAGCUUUUCAAGAGAGACCAUCAUAAGGGGCAGCGCUACCAUGAAAAACAAAUCAGCCUUUAUGCAGAGUAUGAUCGGCCCAACUUGCUUCCAUUUCUUCGAGAUAGUACCCAUUGCCCCCUGGAAAAGGCUCUUGAAAUCUGUCAACAGAGGAACUUUGUGGAAGAGACAGUUUAUCUUCUAAGCCGAAUGGGUAAUAGUCGGAGUGCCUUGAAGAUGAUCAUGGAGGAGUUACAUGAUGUUGACAAAGCAAUCGAGUUUGCCAAGGAGCAAGAUGAUGCAGAGCUCUGGGAAGACCUGAUUCUUUAUUCCAUUGACAAGCCACCAUUUAUUACCGGCUUAUUAAACAAUAUUGGCACACAUGUUGACCCAAUUCUCCUGAUUCACCGUAUUAAGGAAGGAAUGGAAAUUCCUAACUUGAGAGAUUCCUUGGUUAAAAUUCUACAAGACUACAAUUUGCAAAUUUUACUUCGUGAGGGUUGCAAGAAGAUACUGGUAGCUGAUUCUUUGUCCUUGUUGAAGAAAAUGCACCGAACUCAAAUGAAAGGCGUUCUGGUGGAUGAGGAAAACAUCUGUGAAUCAUGCCUUUCCCCUAUUCUUCCAUCAGAUGCAGCCAAGCCCUUCAGCAUGGUGGUCUUCCACUGCCGGCACAUGUUCCACAAGGAGUGCUUGCCAGUGCCCAGCAUGACUUCUCCAGCACAGUUUUGCAACAUCUGCAGUGCUAAGAACCGGGGACCAGGAAGUGCAAUUUUGGAGAUGAAAAAAUAG